AUGAAUGAGGAAGAAAUUAACUUUUUAAAGUCCCACGACAUUGUUAUCGAGAGUGAAAUUGCAAAGGGUGGGUUUGGUGAAAUAUACUUACUCUAUUCAUCAAAAUAUAACCAAAAAUUUGCAUUAAAGAAAGUACCAAUAAAGAGAUUUAAUCAAGCAGAGAUCGAUUGCAUGAAAACAGUUGACCAUGUUAAUAUAAUCAAUCUUUACAACUACUACUUUUUUAAAGAUUACGUAUAUCUUUGCAUGGAAUACUGCCCAUUCGAUCUUUUAAAGAUACUUAAGCGCGAUGAAGAUAUCAAUGAUGAAACCUUAACAAGAUACAUCCAUGACAUCCUCGCUGCAAUCAAUGCUUGCCACGAAAAAAAUGUUGCCCAUAACGAUAUCAAGCCAUCAAACUUCUUAAUCGACAAGUAUGGAAGAAUCAAAGUUUGCGAUUUCGGUCUCUCAAACAUAUACUGCGAUCAUGAGCUUUGUUCUUCAUUCAAAGGAACAAUGCUUUUCAUGGCACCAGAAAUCCUUAGAAAAAUUAAGUUUGAUCCAAUCAAAGCUGAUAUUUGGUCACUUGGCAUCACAUUCUUUUUCAUGGCUACAAGAACAUAUCCAUUCAUUGCAGCAAAUGGUAGUUUAUUAUUGAAGCUUAUCGAUGAAGGUAAUUAUCCAAUAUUUGCCGUCAGAAAUCCACUUCUUAGACAGAUCAUUUCUAAAUGCUUGGCUAUAAAUCCAGAAGAUAGACCUUCUAUCUCCGAGAUUUUACAAAUGCCUUAUUUCAAUUCAUUUUCAGGCAUGCCAGGCUUAAGAAAGAACAUCCUUACAGCUACUCUCAGCUUAAGACAGGUUAUCGUCAGACCAAGAUGUUCAUGCGAAAGAGUUAUUCCGGCCAAAUCCAACACAAUACCAGUUAGAAGGUUUUCGCCUUCUUCUGGGAAGCGUUAA